UCUUCGUAACGGUGCUGCUGCUGCCCCCACACACGUACAGAAAGCGGCGCCGUUUCCGCCUGACCUCGGAAGUGUCGCUUUACGUCCUGCUAUAAUUAGCCCUCAUCUGUCGCAAAAGUGCCGUGCCUGACGGCAGUGAGCGAGGAUCUGCUGUGCUGUCGUUUACGCCGUUGCCGGUAUCCGGGGAGAUCGCGGAGAUGCUGAAAGCACUGAGGAGCGACUCCUACGUGGAGCUGACCCUCUACCGGGACCAGCACUUCAAGGGUGACAAAGCUGAUCAAGAGAAGGUAUUGAGACAGAGUUGCACUUUGUAUGUUGGAAAUUUGUCCUUUUACACAACAGAAGAACAAAUCUAUGAAUUAUUCAGCAAAAGCGGAGAUGUGAAGAAAAUCAUUAUGGGUCUUGAUAAAGUAAAGAAAACAGCCUGUGGAUUCUGCUUUGUUGAAUACUACACCAGAGGGGAAGCUGAGCAUGCAAUGAGAUUUAUCAAUGGUACUCAGCUAGAUGACCGAAUCAUCAGAACAGACUGGGAUACUGGUUUCAGAGAAGGCAGACAGUAUGGGCGUGGCAGAUCGGGUGGUCAGGUCAGAGAUGAGUAUCGUCUAGAUUAUGAUGCAGGAAGAGGAGGUUAUGGUAAAGUGGUACAGACAUUCUGAAGAAUUGAAAAUACAGACUGUUUUGAAGAUCUUGCCCACGUUAAAUGCUAUCUAAUGGUGUUUUUGUGUCUUCAAAUGUCCUUUUGAUGAACGAAUGUUUUAAGUUGGAUUUGUUUAUGUAAAAAGUGCAUAAGAUGUCAUCUCACAUCUGUUCUAAGGUUUUUGAAAUCUUUCCCAAACGGGAUGUAUAGCUUGUAUAUUUUCCAUUUUAGAAUAAAAUGUAAAAACCCAGAAA